ACAGCUGAUCAAAACCGUUUACGUGAGCUGCGAAUACUACUGAAUUACCUUAAAUUGUCUAGCCAGACUGGCCUAGAGCAAAUAUUUUUCAAGAAUCGUGUGAUUAGAGAUUAAAAAGAUCUUGAUAUUACUUUUGUGGCUUGUAGGAUGAAACCGGUUACUGGCGCUGAAACGGUUACUUCUGAGGAUAAAGUUAGAAAAUCUUUACAUGAACUCCAGCCCUCAGCUACUGAUAAGGAAACUUUAGUUGGUGCUGAUAGAAUGAUCAAAUCUACUCAACAAACAAAAGAGGCAAAAUCAAAAAAAAGUGUACCUACAAAAAAGAAAAAAGAUGUUUCCAAAAAUCAAGUAAAAGUGAUAACCAAUAACAAAGCUGUCCAAACUGUGAAAGAGGAAAAGAGAGAAAUUGAUGCCGAGGAUUUAACAUGCACAGAUAUAGCUGGUCCGAGUGAAAAUUACUGGCAAGUACUAGCUGAAAGGAGGCGAUUAGCACUUAAGGAUACUUUAGAAGAAAAUAAAGAACUCACAAAACGUAACGAAAAGUUAGAAGAAGAAAAUCGUAUUUAUAAACUAAUGUUGGAUGAAGCAAGAACUCUUAUUGAAGUGUUGCAGGAGAUGAUGGGAGAUGACAGAAACGAUAUAAAUAAUUCAUUAGAAGACAGUGUCCUUUGAUUUACGAGUUGAUUUCUUAAAGUUAUAACGAAGGUCAACUAUCAAAAGUUUCUAUAUAAAAAUGUUGAAUGCAUCCAAACUCACAAAAGCCGAUAAUUUAAACUUAUACAUACAUAAUAUUGAAAAAUAAUCUUAUUUAAAAAAUACGCGUGUAACUAAUAUUUCAAAUCUACAAAGGAUUCUUGAGUAAACUGUUAUGAAAAAGUAGGCUA